CACUCGGUGAAAAGCUAUGCUGAAGCUAGCCUACCUCCUGGUGAUCACUCUGCUGAUAGUGAGAGCUAAGGCUGGGCAGCCUGUGUGCAGACCUUAUGGAACAAAAGAACUGUCACAGUUCUCAAAGGAGGGAGACAUCAACUUAGGAGGUAUUUUCUCCUUUCACCAAAACCCAGUCAGUUUGCAUCCAACUCUGCAUGUCAACCCAGGAAGCAUCCAGUGUGAAGGGCUGGACCCAGGUGAGCUCCAGUAUGCCCAAACUAUGAUCUUUGCCAUAGAAGAGAUCAAUAACAGUUCUGAGCUGCUGCCAGGGCUGUCUCUGGGCUAUAGGAUCUUUGACUCGUGCCCCAGCAUCCCCCUUUCUGUGCGGGCGUCCCUUUCUCUGAUGAAUGGAUAUGAGGAGGAGCCACAGAGCUGCACCAAGCCCUCCACUGUGUAUGCUGUCAUAGGGGAGACCACCUCCACCUCCACUAUAGCCAUGGCACGCACCAUGGGGCCCUUCCACAUACCAGUGCUCAGUCAUUCAGCCACCUGUGCUUGUCUGAGUAACAGAAGGCAAUACCCUUCCUUCUUCAGAACCAUCCCCAGUGACCACUACCAGAGCAGAGCCCUGGCCCAGCUGGUCAAACACUUUGGCUGGAGCUGGGUGGGGGCCAUCAGAACCAACAGUGACUAUGGUAACAAUGGCAUGGCCACCUUCCUGAAAGCAGCGUCUAGUGAAGGGGUGUGUGUAGACUACUCAGUGGCAAUCUACAGGACCGACCCCAGAGAGUGGUUCCUGAAGGUGGUGGACAUCAUUAAACAGUCCACCUCCAAGGUGAUCGUGGCGUUCGCAGACGGCACAGACCUGGAAAUCCUGAUAAAAGAGCUGUACCUGCAGAAUGUGACGGGGUUGCAGUGGGUGGGUAGCGAGGGAUGGAUCACUUACCGUUACAUCGCUUCCCACGUCAACUACGCCGUGGUCCAGGGGGCGGUGGGCUUCGCUGUACCCAACGCGGUCAUCCCCGGCCUGGGGGAGUUCUUGGCCAACAGGCGGCCCUCCACCCAGCUGGGGGACAGGGGUCUGGUGGAGUUGUGGGAGAGCGUGUUCAGCUGCAGCAUGACUCCUGGCUCACCGGUCAGAGCCUGCACAGGGAGGGAAUCGCUGAUAGACAUGGGCUCCCGCUACACAGAUGUGUCAGACGCUAGUCUGCUCAACAACAUCUACAAGGCUGUGUAUGCUGUGGCUCACGCUCUACACCUGCUCACUACCUGUCAGAGUGGACAGGGGCCUUUUCAAGAUAACACGUGUGCAGCCAGGGAUAAAAUAGAGCCGUGGCAGGUGUUACAUUACUUGACCCAGGUGAAUUUCACCACUAAGCAUGGUGAGAGGGUGUUCUUUGAUGAUCAGGGGGACCCAUCGGCGCGCUACGCCCUGGUCAACUGGCAGAUGGAUAACACAGGGAACAUCUUGUUUGAGACCAUCGGCUACUAUGACGCCUCACAACCAGAGGGCCAGAAGUUUGAGAUGAAGGAAGGUGUGAGUGCUGUCUGGGCAGACAAUCAGCCUGAGGUACCCAGGUCUAUCUGCAGUGAGAGCUGUCUGCCAGGGACACGCAGGGCCUUCGUUAAGGGGAAACCUUUCUGUUGCUUUGACUGCAUCGCCUGUGCAGACGGGGAAUUCAGCAACACCACAAAUGCAGUGACAUGUACAACAUGCCCCCCCGAGUACAAGUCAAAUGAAGAGAGGAAUAACUGUAAUUUGAAAGGCAUUGAAUACCUCACCUUCAAGGAACUCAUGGGUAUACUGUUGGUAGUAUUCUCUGUGUUUGGUGGGUUUCUGACAAUGACAAUAGCACUGAUAUUCUUCCACUACAGAAAGACUCCCAUCGUCAGGGCCAACAACUCUGAGCUGAGCUUCCUGCUGCUCUUCUCCUUGACUCUGUGUUUUCUGUGUUCUCUUACCUUCAUUGGCCGGCCCUCUGAAUGGUCCUGUAUGCUGCGCCACACAGCGUUUGGGAUCACCUUCGUUCUCUGCAUCUCUUGUGUUCUGGGGAAAACAAUAGUGGUGUUGAUGGCCUUCAGGGCUACACUUCCAGGCAGUAAUGUCAUGAAAUGGUUUGGGCUUCCACAGCAGAGACUCAGUGUUCUGGCUUUCACUCUCAUACAGGUCCUGAUCUGUGCUCUUUGGUUAACAGUCUCCCCUCCUUUCCCAUACAACAAUAUGAAGACAUAUAAGGACAAGAUCAUUCUAGAGUGUGAUGUGGGUUCAGCUAUUGGUUUCUGGGCUGUGUUGGGCUAUAUAGGACUCCUGUCUCUCUUGUGCUUUGUGCUGGCUUUUCUGGCUCGGAAGCUGCCUGAUAACUUCAAUGAGGCCAAAUUCAUCACCUUCAGCAUGCUCAUAUUCUGUGCAGUCUGGAUCACCUUUAUCCCAGCUUAUGUCAGCUCUCCUGGGAAGUUCACUGUAGCUGUGGAGAUCUUUGCUAUUCUGGCCUCUAGUUAUGGAAUGCUCUUUUGUAUAUUUCUCCCCAAAUGCUACAUAAUUUUAUGUAAACCAGAGAAAAACACCAAAAAACAUUUGAUGGGUAAAACGUCAUCAAAAGCACUUUGACUUUGUUACAACACCUUUUGAAUAUAUAUUUACAUUACUGACUUUAAAAUGUUUUGAUGUUAGAUGAUAUUGUUUAUAAAGUCUUUGUUUAUUGAAUGUUUUUAGAUAAUAUUA